UUUAGAUAAAUGCAUUUAGAUCAUAGAUUUAGUAUAUUUUAAAAUUAAGAGCUGUAAGUAUAAUCAUAAGGCAUUAGAUUAGAAAGUAGUCCAAGUUUGGCUUAACAGGGUCACUCCUCCACUCAGCAUGAAGAGAAGAAGAUCAGGCUGCUCUUAAUAACAGCAGUGUUUAGUCGUCACUGUGUCUCUUCCACACUGAUCAGCGAUGGCUGAGACGGCGUGGACCGAAACGAGGCGGUGCAGUUGUUUCUUCCUCUAUGAUCGCUCCAAGGUGCAGGGAGAGGGAGACCUGACCCGUGCUGGGAUUUACUAUUUCUACCCUGAAGAUACGCCUUUAGACCAGCAGGAACUAGUCUGUGGGCAGUUGGCUGGUGUGAGUCGCUGUGUUUCAGAGAUCUCAUCAUCUCCUGUCCGUCUGCUCCGUCUGCGCAAGAGCAAAUACGCCAUCCGCAUGAGAGACGACUUCCUCUGGGUUCUGAGUGGAUCAGAAAUUCCGGACAGGAGUCUGUGUGAGUUUCUGGAUCAGCUGAUCAAUCUGUUCAGUUUCUACAACGGUCCGGUUCGACGCAGCUAUCAGCUGCACAGUCAGGCCGAGCUGGCACUGCGCUGGGCGCGCUAUCUAUCCCACCUGCAGGGCGGCACCACUGAGCUCUACCACAUCUUUAGCUGUCUGAGAACCAUCGACUAUACACAAAUUGAUCCGUUGUUGUUGCUGAAAGCGGCUCUGAUUCUGCAGGCGUGCCAGCGUUGUCCUCUGGUGUUAGCCGGCUGUAUCCUCUACCGCGGCAGAGUGGUGAGCACACAGAUGCGUCCAGAACUGACGAUGAAGAUAAUGGUGCAUGAAACGGAGAUGUACAGCCAGGAUCUCGGGAUGUCAGCCAGUACGUCUCAGACCACGCCCUCUUCCAGCACCAUGACAACCCGAGUGUUCCUGACCCCUUCUGAACUUCACACACUGCGCUGUUUACCAGUAAACACCUCCUCUAGUUCUCAAUCUCCUGCCGAGAGUCCACCGAAGCCCCGCCUCCUUUCUCGCACACUGUCCGACCUGCCAGCCGCUGAUGAUCUCGACCGCGCCCACUCCCCACCUCUGUCCAGUCAGACCCAGCGGUCCUCACCUGGCUCCUCCUUGUCGGACGAAGCGUGUUUCAGCCCGUGCCUGUCGUUAGCGAGCACGCCAAAUCAUUCCGACUCUACAGAAAGAGACUCCAACGAGUCACAUGACCGUCACAGCUUGACCUCCGGGAUGCUUCUGUAUGAGGGGUUAGGAGGUACAGAUGAGGAUCGUGAGCGGGCGCAGAAUGAUGUUACUGAUGGAUACCAAAAUGACCUCGCCCACAGGAAGGACAACGAGAGGGAGAGGAGCGACGGGUCUGGAGAGGGGGCAGAAGACGAGGGCAGAGAGAGGACGCGUGGCAUGGAUGGUGUGAGGAUGGAUUCGGAGCGUGAUGCAGCUCUGGAGCCCAUUUUACUGUAUCAGCACCGGGUCAGAGGGCUCGUACUGGCCCUGCUGGUAGAGCAGGACUUCAGCACACACCCCAGUGCCCAAGAGGAUGUGUACCACAGCAGUCUGGCGUCUCUAAACGGACUAGAAGCUCACCUGAGGACGAUUCCUCCUUUGACUGUGGGCCCUCAGGGGCCGUACACCUUCGCCCACUAUGACUGCAUCCAGAAGACUCUCAUCACGAAUGUAUGUAAUCGCUCUGCUGUACCCCAGGAUCGACAGUUUGUGAAAUCCACGGCUCUGCUGCACUCACAAUUUGCACUUACAGACUCUCUGCAGGAGGCCAUAAUCAGGAAUGCUGGCUGUGCCGUAUACGCUACACGCACCACAGCACAGGAGACCUUCUUCCUCCAGCAGGGUCUGAACUCAAGGAAUUCUGGGGUACCGAACGCCCAAGACAGCGCCUUCUCUCUGCCCAGUAAAGCUCGUCAUCGUUUACUCAAACACGGAGUCAACCUGCUCUGAUCUGAUCUGAUCUGAUCUAACCAGCUGUGUGGUAGCUAGCUAGGUGAAACGUGGUGAUGAUUCUAGCGGCCCACAGCUAAUCCAGUGCCACACACACACACACACACGUGAUGGUGGAUCUGAUUAUUGAUUAGCUGACAGAACAGAGCGAUAUUACUGGCUGCUGUAUUGUAACUGUACCAGGUCAUUAAUUAUAACUAGCAUCAUUACUACAGGAGUUGAGGGCAGAUGGACUUUUUUGGUGCGUCUGGUUGUGAGAUUGGUGUUGAUGGUAUGUGUGUUGGGGGGUGGGGGCUUGGAUGGGGGGUGCAUUUCCUACUGAGCAGUUUUGAAGUGUGUUUUGAAAAGAUUAUAUAUGAUAUGUUUAUAAUAAAUAAAUGUAAUUGUUACAGUCUGGUAUAAAGUACUG